AUGACUGGCCAACUGGGGAAUGCCCCACGGGAUCUGAGUAACGGCGACAAGAUGCGGAAGGCUUCGCAAAAUGAUGUUCAAGUCAGCGAGCAGGACCUCAGCCGCAUCUGGCAGUGGAAUGCGAUCGUGCCAGAGCGUGUCGAUGCUUGCGUUCACGACCUGAUAUCUCAGUCGGUACAUCGGCAGCCGGAAGCUCCAGCCGUUUGCUCUUGGGAUGGAAGCCUCACCUAUAGAGAGCUGGAUGACCUUUCAAGCCAGUUGGCUUAUCAUCUUGUUGACCUCGGAGUUGGGCCUAAUAUGUUCGUGCCGCUGUGCUUCGAGAAGUCCGUGUGGACUGCCGUGGCUAUGCUCGCGGUGAUGAAGGCCGGCGGCGCUUCUGUAGGCAUGGACAUCACUCAGCCCGAGGAACGCUUACGCACAAUCGUGAGCCAGGCCAACCCAAAUGUGAUCUUAGCAUCAGAAACGCACCAGGUCCUCGCUCAAAGGCUGGCUAAAUGCACGGUGGUUGUCGUUAGCGAAAGACAUCUAAAGCAAUCACACGCAUCAUCCGUUCUCGAGCUACCGAAAAUUUCCCCAUCCAGUGCAUUGUAUCUCGUGUAUACCUCCGGCAGCACUGGCACCCCCAAAGGAGUCAUUGUCACACAUAGUAACUUUAGUAGUGCCAUUAUGCAUCAGAGAGACGCGCUUGGGUUUACCGCCGACUCUAGAGUAUUUGAUUUUGCCUCAUAUGCAUUUGAUAUGGCAUGGUUUAACUUCAUCUACACAUUAUCAGUGGGGGGCUGCUUAUGUGUAGCAUCAGAAGAUGAAAGGAAGAAUGACGUUGCCGGUUGUAUUCAGCGAUAUCGAAUAUCAUAUGCAUUUUUCACCCCAACACUGGCACGUGUGCUCGGAAGAACAGUCCUCUCAAGGCUCUCGGUACUUGUCUUCGCUGGCGAACCCGUGCUACCAUCAGAUACCACUCUUUGCGGACCCAAAGGGCGCACUAUAAUCUCAUACGGACCUGCAGAGUGCACGCCAGGCUCAACAGUUGCCGAAAUUACAACCAUUCCAGCAGGACCUGUUGUUGGAAAAGGAUACGGUGUGGUGACUUGGGUGGUAGAUCCAGUUCGUCCAGACAGACUGGCUCCUAUUGGCGAAGUCGGUGAGCUGUGGCUGGAAGGACCUCUACUCGGUGGUGGGUAUCUGGACGAUCCAGAGAGAACGGCAGCGGCAUUUACAAAAGAUGCCCCCUGGCUCACGGAGGGCGGACCAGCCUGUAGUGGAAGACGAGGCCGCCUCUAUAAGACGGGUGACCUGGUACGAUACGAGGCAGAUGGGUCAUUAGCCUUUGUUGGGCGUAAGGAUACACAAGUGAAGAUUCGGGGCCAGCGCGUGGAACUAGGCGAGGUGGAACAUCACGUUCAGGAACUUCUGAAACGGAACGAUAUCGACGGCGAUGUUGACAAAACCACCCUGACGCGGGUAGUCGCUGAGGUGAUUGUACCCAAAGGCGGUAAUACUCCCACACUAGUCACAUUUAUCUCUCUUGAUACCGGUUUCCCUGAUGACGAGGCGCGGAAUCGCACUAUACAGAAAAUGACGGCUGGCAUAGACAAACGUCUGGCCAGCAAGGUUCCAGUGUACAUGAUCCCGACAUCAUACAUCCCAAUUGACGCCCUGCCAAUGACAGCAACUGGAAAGACAGACCGCCGUAAGCUACGAGAGCUCGGCAGCUUGUUAACUCAGCGGCAACUAGACAGUUUGACUCAGCCCAGUUAUCCUUCACGGCCUGUUAGCACCGAGAUGGAAAAGAACUUGCAGGCCCUUUGGGCGUUGGUUUUAGAUAUCGAAGCAACCAGCAUCAGCGCAGAUGAUAGCUUCCUCCGACUUGGCGGCGAUUCGGUUCGAGCAAUGCAGCUCGUCGGUAUUGCUCGCGAGCAUGGUCUAUCCUUCUCCGUUGCGGAUCUAUUCAAUCACCCGAGACUCGAGUCACUGGCCAGCAUCACUAAGACAAGGGCGAUAACGCACAACGAGACUAUCCCGGCCUUCUCUCUUUUGAACUCGCACCAACCCGUGAAAGAUAUGCAGGCACAGGCUGCUGCAAUGUGCGGCGUGAGCGUCUCCGAUAUCCAUGAUAUUUUCCUUUGUACGCCGCUCCAAGAAGGGUUAAUGGCACUGACAGGAAGACGCAAGGGAGACUAUGUUGCAUCCAUUACGCUCGAAUUGGACGAGAUGACGGAUGCACAACGUCUGCGGAACGCUUGGGAGGAGGUUGCUACUGCGGCGCCUAUAUUACGAACGAGGAUCGUCGACAUACCUCAGCAAGGGCUUGUACAAGUGAUACUGAAUGAGAAUGUGGAAUGGGAGAUUGUGGAUGAGCUCGAGACUUACCUUGACGAUUCCCGGCGGAAAGAGAUGGGAUUGGGUACGCGGCUAAGUCGAUUCGGCGCUGUGUUUGAAGCCUCAAGCUCGAGCUCCCGGUAUCUGGUUUGGACUAUUCACCAUGCGUUGUACGAUGGGUGGUCCAUGCGGCUGAUUAUGAACGCCUUGAGAGACGCCUAUCAGAUGAAGCCGGUUCCAUAUCUCGAACCGUUCCAGACUUUUGUCAGACAUAUAGCCGACACUGAGGAAACAGCAGCAGCAUCGUUCUGGAGAAGCCAGUUGACAGGACUAGAGGCGGCCCAGUUUCCUGCUCUGCCUUUGGCAGGGUAUCACCCCCGGCCGACCAGCAAACUGACGUCUAUGAUUGAGAGUUUGGAAUGGGGAACCACUGAAAUCACUGGCUCAAAUCUCAUCCGAGCCGCGUGGUCGAUAUUGAUUUCAAACUACACCGGAUCCAGCGAUGUGAUAAUCGGGACGACCAUUGCUGGGCGUCAAAGCCCUAUUGCCGGGAUAGAAAGAAUCGCUGCUCCAACGAUUUCGACAGUGCCGGUACGAAUCCUUGCGAAUCCUCUAGAGACCGUGGAUGAAAUCAUCGCCAAGGUGCAGAAGCAGGCAGUGGACAUGAUCCCAUUCGAACAUACCGGCCUCCAGCGCAUUCGUCAAGCCAGUGCCGAAGCCCAGGAGGCAUGUCGUUUCCAGACGCUCAUUGUGGUGCAGCCACAUGAUGAAGACAGCGAGAGCAAUACAAUUUUCCGUCCCUCGUCAUCAAGUGAGGAUUCCAACAUUGAGUAUAACGCACUACUUUCGUAUGCGUUAGUGGUUGAGUGUCGCUUAGGAGCAAAAGGAAUGCGCCUGGACGCCAACUUUGACCAAAAUGUCAUCGAAAGUAAGAGAGUCUCCCUCUUAUUACAGCAGUUUCAGCACAUACUUCAGCAGAUCUGUGUACAAGAGAAUAGAGACAGAAGGCUUCAAGAUGUAGAAGUCACUAGCAGCCAAGACCUGCAAACGAUCUGGGAUUGGAACGACAAACCCUCAGAAAGUAUCAAGAGUUGUGCACACGACUUGUUUCUCCAGGUGGCUCGCCGUCAGCCAGAUGCAGAGGCUAUAUGUGCGUGGGAUGGCCGACUGACAUACGCCCAGCUUGAUAGCUAUUCAAACACUUUAGCUUCCUACCUCGUUAGUAUUGGGAUAGGGGCGAAUGUGAGAGUGCCGCUCUGCCUCGAAAAAUCUACAUGGACGCCGGUUGCUAUGCUGGCAGUAAUGAAAGCGGGUGGAGUAGCUGUAGGCAUGGAUAUUACACAACCAGAAGCACGCCUCAGCACUAUAGUGAAGCAAUCCAAGGCGAAACACAUUCUGUCAUCAACCAGCGCUGAGGCACUUGCAAAUCGCUUGGGAGAUUGCCUCGUCAUCACAGUAUGCCAGGAGACCUUGGGCAGUCUUCAAAGUCAACCGCCGACUCCCCUGCCCAUCAUCAAACCAUCAGACGCUCUCUGCACCCUCUUUACAUCAGGCAGUACGGGAACUCCGAAAGGGACGACUCUGACCCAUUCCAACUUCAGUACAGGAAUCGAACAACAGAUACGUGCUUUUGGUAUUCAGUCAUCCUCCCGAGUGUAUGACUUUGCUUCAUAUGCUUUUGAUUUCGCAUGGUCAAAUCUCCUGUUGCCUCUAUCCGUAGGAGGUUGCAUCUGUAUCCCAUCUGAAGAGCAACGAAAAAACGAGAUUACCGAAUCUAUUAACCAGCUUGGGGCAAACUUUGCUUUUUUUACACCAUCGGUUGCUAGGGUCCUUGACCCAAAAGCUCUCCCGGGUUUGAACACGCUUGUUGUCGGCGGUGAGGCAGUACAGAGGAACGAUUUCUAUGACUGGCCAAUGAGGAUCAAGCUGCUUAAUAUUUACGGUCCGUCCGAGUGCACCGUAAUGGCAACAUACACGGAUAUACGUCCUGGUCAGGAGAAUAAUGGCACCAUUGGCAAAGGAGCAGGUAGCACGACGUGGGUGGUACAGCCAUCCGGUCAAAAUCUAUCGCCAAUCGGUGCUGUGGGUGAGCUGUACCUUGAAGGCCCGCUAGUCGGUAUUGGGUAUCUUGACGAUGCGGAAAGGACAGCAAGUAGCUUUCUUGAGAACCCUCCUUGGCUUUGCCGUGGAGGGCCGGGCCAUUUAGGGAGACGUGGCCGAGUAUACCGCACGGGAGACUUGGUUCGGUACAACCCCGAUGGCUCGUUGAUGUUUGUUGGCCGGAGAGAUACACAAGUGAAGCUACGUGGACAAAGAAUAGAGCUCCAGGAGGUCGAGCAUCACGUACAGAGCUUGCUCGCCACUGAUAACAAGAACGGCAUCCAGAUCGUGGCCGAAAUUAUCGAACCGGAGGGAAGGGGAAACCCAACACUGGUCGCCUUUGUCCACUCGACGAUGAACCAUAGCCAUCUCGAAGCAGUUGGUAAAGAGGCUCACAGAAAUGCUGUGCGGAAGAUGACUGAUGGAAUCGAAGAUCGCCUGGGCGAAAAUGUCCCCGUCUAUAUGAUCCCAACAGCUUUUAUCCCCCUGCAGAGCAUCCCUAUGACAGCUAGUGGCAAGACUGACCGACGACGUCUGCGAGAGUUGGGUGCCUCGAUGUAUUCAGCUCAUCGUGUUCAAAGAACCAAAAAUGGAUAUCGCCCGCCCUCGAGCGAGUUGGAGAACAUUCUUCAAACAAUAUGGUCCGAGGUCCUGAAUAUACCGCUCGAAAGCAUAGCUAUUGAUACAGCAUUUACGCGACUCGGCGGCGAUUCCAUCUCUUCGAUGCAAGUCGUUUCGCGCUGCCGAGCCAAGAACAUAUCUAUUACGACCAGCGAUAUUCUUCGAUCAAAGACUAUUGAAAGGCUCGCUCUGUGGUGCAAAGAGGUAAAGCCGAAAUCGGUUAUUGCCGAAGAAUCUACAGAAGAGACACUAUGGCAUCUCUCGCCCGUCCAGCAAAUGUUCUUUGAGUUUCACCCUCAGGGUCUCGACCACUUCAAUCAAAGUUUCAUGCUGAAGCUCAAAGCUCCUGUAUCUGAUGACGUGCUGUCUGCAGCUAUACGUGCAACCGUGAGUCGUCAUCCAAUGCUACGCGCUCGAUUCUGGCCAGACUCAAGCGGGUGCUGGCAGCAGCUUGUUGUCAAAGACUCACAACAUGCCUUUGCGUUUGAGAGGCAUUUAGCUUGCCAACGCAGUGAGGUUCAUGCCCUUGCGAAGGCUAGACAAGGGUCAUUAAGUAUACUUAGCGGACCUGUCUUUGCGACCGAUGUGUUUUCCAUCCCUGGAGAGGAGCAGAGUCUACUGUUAACGGCACAUCAUCUGAUCAUUGACUUGAUGUCGUGGCGGAUUAUUUGGCACGAUAUUGAGCAACAUAUACGAGCUGGUGAAGGAAGCAAACUUGCUCCAGAACCAAUUUCAUUCCAAGCGUGGUCGAAAGUGCAGAGGCGUACAAGUCGAGGCCUCCAGCCAGAACAGGUUCUCCCAUCCCGCAUUACGGCUCCCGAUUUCGGAUUUUGGGGCGCUAAGCUGGGUGAAAAUGAUAGUUCAUACUGCCGCAGCUAUGUUGAGAGCCUGGAUGAAAGAACGACUGGUUUGCUUCUUGGGCGAAGCAAUGACUGUUAUCGAACCGAGCCAGUGGAUAUUCUACUAGCAGCUUUGACCUAUUCGUUUCAGCAAGUAUUUACUGAUCGUCGUUCCCCUCCUAUCUUCUUAGAAGGCCACGGUAGAGAACCACCCGAAGACCUACAUAUCGAUCUUUCAGAAACUGUGGGAUGGUUCACAUCGAUGCACCCUGUUGACGCGCCUAUUACAGCGGACGAGUCAAUUCUUACCGCUGUGAAGUCUGUCAAGGACUAUCGGCGUCGAGUCCCUGGCAAAGGUCAGCCAUACUUUGCAUAUCGCUACCACACCGAGGAUGGCCGUCGGGUCUUCGACUCCCAUAGAGAAAUGGAGGUCAUACUAAAUUACACUGGAAGAUUUCAGCAACUGGAGAGUGACAGUGGCCUCUUCCAACCAGAAGAUAGGUUGGAUCUGGUAUCUGCUAUAGAAGAGGCAUCUUCAAAAGCGCAGCGCUUCUCUCUGGUAGAGGUCAGUGCGGAUAUAGUGCAAGGCAGGAUGGCUCUUUCGUUCUACAUCAACAAGCGCAUGAAUCAUCAAGGUAGACUUGAAGAUUGGACCAAGUUAACCAAGCAUAAUCUUAACCUGGCAGUUCACCAAUUGGCCAACACUGAGCCUGCAUUCACUUUGAGCGACUUUAGUCUGCUGUCUACUACAAAUACUGGCAUUGAAAGACUAUUAGGAGAGCGCUUGUUUCCGAUUGGCAUCAAGCCUUCCGACAUCCUCGACAUUUAUCCCUGUACUCCUGUACAAGAGGGCAUUUUACUGAGCAGAGAAAAGGGGGCUGCUUCAUAUGCCAACUUUUGGGUCUGGAAUUGCAUUCCCUCUUUUGACGAGGACUCUGUUUCACCGGAUCGACUGGAAGAAGCUUGGAGAUUAGUCGCCAGCCAACACUCGAUACUAUCAACUAUCUUCAUCGAGCAGCUUGAUGGUGGAGGAUUCGUCCAAGUGCUUCUCCGUAACCCGCAGUGCCGAGUUGUGCGCAUGGAUACAUUAUCAGCACCACCUGCGGACGCCUUACUAAAGGUUGAAAGUCCAGUGUUCUCAGCUGGACAGCCGAGUCAUACCUUUACGAUUGCCUGUAACUCGGAUGGCCAUGUUGCCUGUAGGUUGGACAUCAGCCACCUUCUCAUUGACGCAUCUUCGCUGCACCUUUUAUUAAAGAGCUUAGCCAAGUCUUAUCAAGGCCAAGCAAUAGAGCGGGCUCCCCAAUUUCGAACUUUGGUGGCGCACCUGAGGCACCAGACGAGGGAAGAGAAACUGGCAUUCUGGACCGACUCUUUAUCCCAAGCCCGGCCAUGUAGGCUUGCAACUGCGCCGGCAUAUGGAUUCUUGGCCAACAAAAACCGUAACUCACACGGAAUGAUUACAAUUCCAGCAGAGCAUGCUGUGGGAAUCGAUCUUUUCUGUAGGUCGAAGGGUAUUACUCGUUCGGUUUUCUUGCAAGUGGCUUGGUCCCUCGUUCUCUCUCGGUAUACUGGAAUGAGCGAUAUCACUUUCGGAUACAUGGCUUCAGGUCGUGAUGCACCAAUUCGAGAUAUCGAAAGCAUGAUCGGACCAUUGAUUAAUCUACUUAUUAGCCGUAUCGACCUCAACCAAAAUCUUGACAAGAUUCUAGUAAAGACUUCCGAAAAUUCUAUCGAGCAGCUUAGGUUUCAACACUCGUCUUUGGCGGACAUUCAACACGCAUUAAGCAUGGGCUCGGAGCAGCUAUUCAACACUGCUCUAACGGUGCGAGAGCAGUUUCUUUAUGAGAGCACAAGAGAGAUCAGAUUUGACGAAAUAUAUGGCCAUGAUCCGCACGAGUUUGACGUUAUCCUGGAGGCGGUGCUGAACGGCGGUCAUACGAACAUAAGUAUCAUUUAUUCGGAGGCAUCUAUAGGAUCUGUUACCGCCUACGAAUUAGUAGCCACUACGACUUUAGCAAUCGACUUCAUCCUUAGCGAUGCCAAAACCUCCCCGCAUGGCAAAUUACUUGAUGCCUCGCAGCAUUACCCAGCUUUGAAUGGCACAGGAUCAUCAUCUUAUCUAAACGGUGAACAUAAGAACAAUUCAAAGGGUGAGCUAGAAGGACUUCAAAGGAGGUUUUUCAAACACGUCACUGGUAUUAGUGACAAAGAAGCGACAGAUUACUGGCGACAGCAGUUUUCAGACCUCCAAGGACAAAUGUUCCCCUCUCCAGCAUCGCAGUCGUUGUCUCGUUCUUACCGCAUAAGUAAUCACAUACACAGAAUUAACGGCUUGCCUCGGCAUGAAUCAUCAAUGAGUGUACUCAUAGAGAUGUCAUGGGCGAUCUUGGCGGCAAAACGGACUGGUUCAAGGGACGUGAUAUUCGGAACAGUGGAACAGGACAUGACCUCCAAUAAAGCUUUAGCUUUGACAGUCCCGGUACGAGUGGUCUUAGACUGGGCGAACACCUUGGAAGAGGCAGUCAAUGAGAUGCGACAACACGUGGAGGAGAGGAGACCGUUUAAGAAAGUUGGGCUUGAGUGUAUUCGAAAAGCUAGUCCACACGCUGAGGAGGCCUGUCGCUUUCAAACCUUGCUCAUAAUGGAGAGGGAUGACAAGGAUGGUCAAACUUCUGAAGACGGUGACGAACCAUUCGCCCACCAGGACUCUGACCACGAGAAGACAAUCACCUGUCCUCUGGAAAUACGAUUUGCAAUGCAAACUCAGGGCAUGGUUCUGAAUUUCCGGUUUGACCCAAAAGUUGUUGACGAAGCCCAAGUGUCCCGAAUAGCAUUUCAAUUCGAACACAUCCUGAGACAAACGUGUGACCAGACCAGUCAUGCGAUGGCGAGGACUCUACAGGAUAUCAGCACACUCAGCAAUCAAGAUGUGGCCGACAUCUGGCGCUGGAACAGCACGGUUCCCGAGGCAACUGAUAUAUGUAUCCACGACUUGAUCUCUAAGACAGCGACCCAUCAACCACGUGCUGCCGCGAUUUGUGCAUGGGAUGGAAACUUGACCUAUGCGCAGUUUGAUUCGCUCUCCACGCGAUUGGCUAAGCAUUUGAUCACUUUAGGAGUAACCGAGGGCUCGAUAGUUCCACUCUGCUUUGAGAAGUCAAUGUACACUCCUCUGGCUAUGCUGGCAGUGAUGAAGGCCGGGGCCGCAUCACUGGCGAUGGAUGUGUCACAACCAAAAGAGCGCCUCUGCAGUAUCGUUGAGCAAGUCAACCCUGGAAUCAUACUAUCCUCGGUCGCUGGCGAGAAGCUAGCCAAGACUUUGGACUGCCGUGCUAGUGUCGUCGUCGUUGGGAGGGAGCCUCUAUCGCAUCUAAUUUCAACUAAAGCUUCCGAACCAUUGCCUACAAUAACCUCGGCUAGCAUUCUAUAUGUUGUUUUUACAUCUGGCAGUACAGGAACACCCAAAGGUGUUGUUGUGACUCACGGGAAUAUCAGCAAUGCAAUUAAACACCAACAACAUAUCCUAGGGUUCACACCUAACAGCAGGGUCUUUGAUUUCACCUCGUAUGCCUUUGACAUGGCCUGGUUUAACUUUAUUCAUGCCAUGUAUAAUGGCAGCUGUCUGUGCAUUGCUUCGGAUGAUGAACGAAUGAACGAUCCUGCGGGCUGCAUUCAACGAUAUCAAAUAAAUUACGCGCUUUUCACUCCCACUCUGGCACGUGUAAUUGGGAAAGCAACACUAUCAAAACUGGAAGUGCUAGCACUUGCAGGCGAGCCAGUUUUACCAUCAGACUUUGGUCUCUGUGAAGACGGAAAGACGAUUGUCGCCUAUGGGCCUGCUGAGUGUACACCCUGCUCUACAAUUGCAGUUGCAGUUCCUGACAAGAUAUCUGCUGGAGCAAGCAUAGGCAAUGGGUACGGAGUGAACACCUGGUUGGUGGAUCCUGACCGUGAAGACAAGCUGGUAUCGAUCGGAGAAGUUGGAGAGCUGUGGUUGGAAGGUCCUCUCCUCGGUCAGGGUUAUCUGAAUGACUCAGAAAAAACAGGCAAGACCUUUAUUCAAGACCCGUCCUGGCUACGUUCAGGUAUACUUCGGCACCAAGAGCAGCCUGGCCGGCGCUUUUAUAAGACAGGAGAUUUGGCGCGAUACAACCCAGAUGGAAGUUUGCUCUUCGUCGGACGUAAAGAUAUGCAGGUCAAGAUCCGAGGCCAACGGGUUGAGCUCAGCGAGGUCGAAUAUCAUAUGCGCAGCGCGCUUCAGAGGCAAGACGAGACUCACAGUCUAAUCUCUUUACAAAUUGAAGCCUUGGCCGAAGUUAUCAGAACGAACAACAGUCAGAAUUUGACCCUUGUAGCGUUCGUGUGUGUAACGAAUGACAAUAUGAAAAACAAAGAGCCCCAAGACAAGGUGUUGGAGCUCGCAGUCACCACGAUCGAGCAAUACGUCGUUGACAGAGUACCAACAUAUAUGGUCCCGGCUGCAUUUAUACCACUAGAUACCUUUCCAACGACGGCCACGGGCAAAACAGAUCGGCUCAAGCUUCGCGAGUUGGGCGCCUCGAUGUACGACAACUAUAAGAACAUACAGAAAGCCCAGCAUAAGCAAGUCUCCGCUUCGACUGACUUGCAACGAUUACUCGUAGAAGUUUGGGCAGAGGUGCUCAAUGUUCCUUGCGACAAGAUUUCCAUUGAUGUACCAUUCCUAUCGCUGGGCGGCGACUCGAUUGCAGCAAUGCAGGUGGUUUCCCGCUGUAGGGCUAAAGACAUCUCUGUUACAGUUGGAGAUGUACUUCGUUCCAAGACGAUAGAGAACUUGGUUGGACGCUGCAAGCCCAUGGUAGUCAAGCACACACACAUUUCGGCCGAAGAGAGCCCUGAAGGCCAGGCGUGGCUACUCUCUCCCAUCCAGCAACUGUUCUUCGACGCGCACCCUCAUGGGCUCAACCACUUCAACCAGAGCUUUGUAUUGCGGUUCACUGCGCCCGUCCCAGGAGCGGCUGUUAGAGCGGCUCUGGAUGCUGUGGUUAGAUGCCACCCGAUGUUGCGAGCACGCUUUCGACAACGCGACGACGGCCAGUGGGAACAAGUCAUAUCUGAUCCUGCAGCCGAACUACUCGCAUUCAAGCAUCACUCUGAGGUUGAGAGAACUGAGGUACGAAAGAUUGCAACGGCUAGGAAAGAGUCUCUCGACAUCCUGAAUGGGCCUGUUUUUGCAGCGGAUCUGUUUUCCGUGACCGGAGAGGAUCAAAGUCUGUUACUUACUGCGCACCAUCUUGUCGUUGAUCUGGUCUCUUGGCGUAUCAUCUGGCAAAAUAUAGAACAGCACAUUCGAACCGGUACUGCGCCAAGCCAUGAGUCACUCUCAUUCCACAGAUGGUGUAGGUUGCAGCGGGAGAGAAGUUCUUCAAUGAGCCCACACCAAGUCCUUCCAGUCCCAGCUAGUACAUCUGAUUUUAGUUACUGGGGGGUUCCGGUGGCCGAAAAUGUGGAAGGCGGCAGUCAAAAUCACGUCUUAUUAUUGGGAAAAGCGACGACUGCCCUUCUCUUGGGCAAAAGCAAUGAGUGCUUCGCCUCUGAACCGGUUGAUCUGUUGCUAGCAGCCCUCGUCUACUCGUUGCGCCAGACCUUCCCGGACCGACAAAGCCCUCCCGUUUUUAUUGAAGGACAUGGCAGAGAGGCCUUGGACGGCUUUGAAGCUGACCUUUCCGAGACUGUGGGAUGGUUUACGACUCUCCACCCUGUACAAAUUCCUGGGACAUGUGAAGAUGGGAUCCUGGACACGGUAAAAUUUACCAAGGAUUCUCGAAGUUUCGUCCCUAACAAGGGCCUCUCCUACUUUUCCUGUCGCUAUCUGAGCGAUGCAGGCCAGCGGGCAUUCAGACAUCACGACGAGGCAGAAAUCGCCUUUAACUAUAUGGGACGAUACCAGCAACUGGAGAAAACCAAUUCUUUGUUCAGACUGGAGAAUCGAGAUAGCAUGAUUGCUGAUAAUUCGGAUGUUUCACCCAAAGCGCGGCGUCUGGCUCUGAUUGACGUCAAUGCCGGGGUGGAAGACGACAAGAUGGCCAUAUCCAUUGCUAUCCAUAAGCGGAUGCGCUAUCAGAAUCGCCUUGCAGAUUGGAUCAGAUUGUUCGAGGAGACAUUGAACACGGCAGCAUAUGAUCUAUCCAAAGCGACCCGAACCUUCACUCUGAACGAUUUCCCUUUGCUGAAGACCACAUAUAGGGGGCUAGAUCUGCUCUUAAAAGAGAAACUCUCGGCAAUAGAUAUUAGAAUUGAAAACAUCCAAGAUAUUUAUUCUUGUACUCCAGUCCAAGAAGGUAUGCUUCUUACUAGAAACAAAGCGGUGGCUUCUUAUGCAAACUAUUGGGUAUGGGAAUGUCGUUUUAGCAAUGGCAAUUCUGCAAAUGCUGGGACCUUCCCUCAGAGACUUGAGGCCGCGUGGCGAGACGUGGUAUCCCAACAUCCAAUACUUUCAACCAUUUUCGUUGAAGAUGUAGACAAUGGGGGCUUUAUACAAGUGGUGCUCCGAAACUCACCAGCACGAGUAACUCACUUACACCCGAAAUUGGUCUCUGAAUCUGCCGCAAAACCCUUGCUCGAGAUGGAGAGGCCUCACUUUUCUUCUGGUGAACCGGAGUGUCAAUUGACAAUUUCCCGAGGUGCAAACGAGGACUUUGCCUGUCGAGUUGACAUCAGCCAUACGCUGAUGGAUGCAACAUCUAUGCAGUUGCUUCUCCAAGAUCUCAGCAGGGCACUCAGCGGCCACGACGCACUAGCCGCUCCUCCAUUCAGAGAUCUAGUGCAGCACCUGAGUGGUGUUUCUAAGUCUGAGCGACUUUCGUUCUGGUCAGCGUAUCUGACUGAAAUCGAGCCUUGUGAGCUUCCUGUACAUUCUGGAAAACAAAGUGAUGAGCUGCGUGGCCACUCGUACGGUAGCCUCAAACUACCGGCUCAGGCCAGCGCAGGAAUUGCCGCGCUUUGUAGACAUCACGGAAUCACUCGCUCUGUUUUUCUACAAAUAGUCUGGGCACUCGUUCUUUCGCAAUGCAAUGGUAAACAGGAAGUUUGCUUUGCGUAUAUGGCUUCUGGAAGAGAUGCACCCAUCAUUGGCAUUGAAAGGAUGGUUGGGCCCCUGAUCAACAUGCUUAUUAGCCGCGUUGAUGUGCGCAAACCACUCGGUGAUAUGCUGCGCAAAGCUGCCGAGGAUACGAUAGAGCACCUGAAGUUUCAGCAUAAUUCAUUAGCUGAGAUACAGCACCAGCUGCAACUUGGCCGUAGGCAACUCUUCAACACGGCAUUGACAGUUCACGACUCUUCUUCGAGCAAUGGCCAAGCGGACAUGGUGACUUUCAACGAAAUUAGUAGCGAUGAUCAACACGAGUUUGCUGCGCUCCUCGGCGUAGAUAUAAAUGGACCAAACACUGAUAUUAUGCUCAGCUACCAAACAGAUCUGGUCGGCUUUACUGAAGCCCAGCACAUCAUGCAUACGGUUCAUAUGGCCAUCCAAUAUCUCCGAAAUCAUAUGUCCAAUCAAAAUCAACAAUCAUCAUCAAUUGGUCCAACGUUGUCCAGGCAACAAUACAGAGAAAGCACUGAAGAUUCCUUAACCCAGCAAGGUUUCUUUGAGUUUUUCGCUGGGGUCAACGAAGAAAGCGCAACAGAAUUCUGGCAAACCUACCUGUGUGACUCAAACGCACAGAGUUUUCCUCUUAGAAGUGGGAUUUCCGUGGAGGGUACUAGCUACCCGCAGCUUGAGAGCUUUGAUCACGCGAUACAUGAUCUCCAAUGGAACGAUCUAGACACCUCUCCAACAUACCUCAUAUAUCUGGCUUGGGCAGUUCUUGCUGCUCGUUAUACGGAAUCGGAUGAAGUGAUCUUUGGAUCACCUACCACUCUACGAAAUUUCUCACCAGCCAAAGCUGUACAAUCCUCUCUGGACACGGUGCUACCAGUCCGCCUCGUUUUAGAUUGGGAAGCCACAGUAAAGAGCUCUCUCGACGCAGUAGUUACUGUAUCUGAAAACGUGGCUAAAUUUGGGAGGGUCGGUUUGCAACGUAUCCGCACAAUUAUUGGUGGCGAGCACACAGCCGCCGGAUUCCAGACAGCUUUAGAUGUCGUCCAGCUUGGAGAAAUGAGUCGCCUCACCCAAAACAGCGAAGAGAAUAUGAGACUGUCACUUAGAUUAGAAUUCCAACUCGAACAUGGUGACAUGAAGCUAGCUAUCUUGUCGCAUAAAGCAGCUAUUGAUCAUGAACAAGUCAAGAGGAUGGCAGUGCAGUUUGAGCAUAUCCUUAGACAAAUUUGCUCGCCUCAAAACCAAGGGAUGAGGCUCGGGGCUAUCGAAACGAUUAGCAACCAAGACCUACGUGAUAUUUGGAGGUGGAAUUCAGCUAUGCCAGAGACUUUCGAUGUCUGUGUUCACGAGUUGAUCGCCAAGGUAGUGCGGCUUCGACCAAACGCGCCAGCCAUCUGCGCUUGGGACGGGGACCUGACAUAUGAGCAGCUGGACGGGCUCUCAAAUCGUCUGUGCUAUCAUCUUAUUGAACUUGGCCUGGAGAUAGGCCAGGUUGUGCCUAUCUGCAUUGAGAAAUCAAUGUGGGCAUCGGUGGCGAUCCUGGCAGUUAUGAAGGCUGGCGGAGUAAGUUUGGCCUUGGAUGUGACUCAACCUAAGGCGCGGCUUGAGGCCAUCGUAAAACAAGUCCGUCCCAUAAUCAUGAUCUCGUCAGCUGGGAACGAAAUGCUCGCCCAUGGACUGGCAUCAGAUGUCACUAUCGUGGGUGCAUCUGAAGAGCACCUUAGCCACCAACCACCAAGGUCUCCAGACCUAAAGCUGCCCGUCGUUGAUCCGAGUGAUGCCUUGUACAUGGUUUUUACAUCUGGAAGUACUGGAAUACCAAAGGGCGUCAUGAUUGAACAUCGCAACUUUAGCAGCGCCAUAAAAUACCAACAGAAAGCCCUGAGAUUCACCCCUGAGUCUCGCGUGUUCGACUUUGCGUCGCAAGCUUUCGACUUAUCCUGGUACAAUCUGCUCCAUACCUUGACUUCUGGGGCAUGUCUCUGUGUUGCUUCGGAUUCAGAACGACGAGACGACGUGGCAGGCUGCAUCAAGCGCUACAAGAUAACGUACGCUCAGCUCACACCAACCCUGGCCCGCGUGCUGGGCCGUGCCGUUCUGUCAGGAUUGAACACUUUGGUACUUGCAGGAGAGGCUGUGCUGCCCACAGAUAUAAACCUCUGCGGACCUGACACACAUGCUAUCAAUGUUUAUGGCCCCGCUGAGUGUACGCCGUGUUCAACGAUCGGAGACUUGAAGAAAGAUGGCCCAGUCAUAGGCAACGGACUCGGACUACGAACGUGGAUCGUGGAUCCUGUCGAUGGGCAUACGCUGAUGCCGAUUGGUGUCGUUGGUGAACUUUGGUUGGAAGGGCCUCUUGUCGGUCAAGGCUACGCCAGUGACCACGAUGCAACAAGGGCUGCAUUUGUUGAGAGCCCCCCCUGGCUCCUGCACGGGGGGCCUUCGAGUUCAGGACGAAGUGGCCGUAUGUAUAAGACAGGUGAUUUGGUACGCUAUAAUUCGGAUGGAAUUUUGAUCUUUGUUGGGCGCAAGGACACCCAAGUCAAGAUCCGAGGUCAAAGAGUCGAGCUGAGCGAAGUAGAGCACCAUGUGCGGAACGCCCUCAUGGAUGAACAAGAUACUCGAUCGGCACAAAUCAUAGCUGAAGUCGUCGUGCCAGAAGGCAGCGAAAAUCCGACUCUUGUCGUCUUUGUCAGCUUAAGUGGCAGCGAUGGCAAUCCUCCCACUGACAAAGACCUUCUCCAUCGCAUGGUUGGUCGUAUGACAGCUGGAAUCGAUUCUCGUUUGAGCGACAAAGUUCCCAUUUAUAUGAUACCGUCCGCCUAUAUCCCAAUUGAAACAGUACCAGCAACGGUAACAGGCAAGACUGACAGACGAAAGCUGCGGCAGCUCGGGGCAUCGUUUACAGCGGAACAGCUAAGCAAUCUUGCUUUAUCUCAUAUCAAACAACAAAAGGUGGAAACAGUGGUGGAAAAACAACUUCAAGCCCUCUGGUCCACUGUCUUGAACAUAGAUAGUGCGAGAAUCGGCCUAAAUGAUAAUUUCCUGCGGCUCGGUGGUGACUCAAUUGGAGCGAUGAAGCUCGUCGCUGCUGCACGCAAUGAAGGACUGCCACUCUCAGUUGCAGACAUAUUCCAGAACCCAACGAUUGGUGGCCUAUCAAAGAUUCUAGAAGAGCAGCGGACGAAGGAUAUCACAUCCGAUGAAGCUGUCCCCGCCUUCUCCUUGCUCCCUCCGCCCCAAGACGAAGAGGCCGUACGAAUGCAAGUCGCAACGUUUUGUGGAGUCAGCGACGAUGUGGUCGAGGAUGCAUUUCCAUGUACCCCCCUUCAGGAAGGGCUCUUAGCACUCACGGAGAAGCACGCUGGUGAUUAUACUGCGACUUUGGUCUUCCAGCUCCUCAAUGAUGUUGACAUCGGGCGAAUGUAUACCGCAUGGCGUCAAGUUGUUGCAAGUACACCUAUUCUGCGAACGCGAAUCGUGAACUGUCCCGGAAAAGGCCUCGUACAAGUCGUCUUAAAAGAAGAGGUGGAAUGGACCUCGGUAGAUGACCAUGGCGACCUGAACGGAUAUCUCAGAGAUCCAACCCGACUACAUAUGGGUCUUGGUGUCCGCCUUAGUCGAUUCGGUUAUGUUUCUGGGGAUUUGAGCAAUAAACGAUAUUUAGUGUGGACUAUUCAUCAUGCCCUUUACGAUGGUUGGUCCUUACAAUUGCUCACCAAAGCUGCGGAGAAGGCUUAUCUCCACGGAUCGCCUCCAACACUGAGACCGUUUCAACCAUUCAUCAAGAGACUUCGUGAGACUAGCCAAGAGGCGUACUCUUCAUUUUGGAGUGAUGCAUUUUCUGGCUCGGAAGCACAGCAGUUCCCACAGCUUCCAUCCGCAAAUUAUCACCCAAACCCACAAGAUACACUGCAGUACCAAGUGAAGAACUUGUAUUGGUCAGGGAAUAACUUCACCCCUCAGACCAUGCUACGAGGAGCGCUAUCCGUUGUCAUGGGGCGACUGAGCGACUCGCAGGACGUAGUCUUUGGAGCAAUAUUAUCGGGAAGACAGAGCGCUGUUCCAGGAAUUGAAGAGAUGGCAGGGCCUACCAUCUCAACUGUUCCUGUACGGGUAAAGCUGGACUGGGAGUCCAAUCUGGAACAUACUUUACAUGCUAUACAAUAUCAAGCUAUGAAUAUGAUCCCAUACGAGCAAGCCGGCUUGCAACGAAUAAGUAGGGUGAGCUCCGAGGCCGAGCAAGCCUGCCAUUUCCAAACUCUGUUAGUGGUGCAGCCUGCUCAAGAUGAGAUUGGUCGCAACAAGCUUUUAAUCGCGCAGGACCAGGACGAUCUCAAGAGUGACAAUAUCGAAGUCAACCUUGGUGCUUAUCCCAACUACGCCUUGAUAAUCGAGUGCCAACUUCAAAAGAAUGGGGUUUCUAUCGAGUUGAGCUAUGAUCCCAAUGUCAUCGGCAGUGUCGAGGUUCGCCACAUGGCCGAACAUUUUGGUCAUGUCCUGAAACAGCUCUGCGAGAGGCAAGCGGAAAAUAAGACGCUGGGCGAUAUAGAUUUGGUUACGCCUCAAGACCUGAAAGACAUGUGGAGGUGGAACGCAACUGUGCCAGACGUAUCUGCGGUCUGUGCCCACGACUGCUUGUACGAAAUUACGAACAUCCAGCCGCAAGCACCCGCAAUAUGUGCGUGGGAUGGAUCUCUGAGUUAUGCAGAACUAUGGGAAUUUUCCUCUUACCAUACACUACUGUUGGCAAGUCUCGGAGUUGGCCCUGGCGACGUAGUGCCGCUCUGUUUUGAAAAGUCGAUGUGGACGCCUGUGGCGAUGCUGGCUGUUAUCAGAGCCGGCGGUGCUUUUGUUGCCAUGGACACGACACAGGCCACAUCUCGUCUGCAGACAAUUGUUGAGGAAAUCAAACCAAGCGUUGUACUGUCGUCUACAAAGAGCAGAAAAAUAGCAAGUCUGCUAGGUAAUUACUCGAUUUUGGUGGUGGAUAAAGAGCACUCACAGCAUGGUAUCAUCCAAAACACUAUGUUACCCGCCGUCGAUCCUACCAGCACAAUGUACAUCAUUUUCACAUCCGGCAGUACUGGUCGACCCAAGGCGGUGGUUCUGGAACACCAAGCAGUGGUUACAAGCUGUCACAGUUAUGGUAGGGUUAUGGACCUGAGCAAGGACUCCAGGGUCCUACAAUUUGCAUCUUACGCGUUCGACGCCUGUAUCAUGGAGAUUUUCUCGACGUGGUUACAUGGUGGCUGCGUCUGUGUGCCAUCUGAAGAUAACAGGAUUACCGAUUUGGCUGGAACAAUGGAGUCCAUGGCAGUCAACACAACCCUACUCACUCCUUCUGUUGCACGGCUUCUGGAUCCUACCAAAGUGCCGACCCUGAAGACGUUGAUUUUAGGAGCAGAAGCCCCGUGGGAGUCAGAUUAUGAGCGAUGGCAUGGACUGCCUAAGCUAUUUAAUGCUUAUGGGCCUGCAGAGUGCGCCGUGAUUCACUCAGUCCGAACAUGGACAAAUAACAAGUUGCCACCAAAAACAAUUGGAAGGGCAGCAGGAUCUUGUAGUUGGAUUGUCGACCAGAAAGAUCAUACCAAGUUGGUUCCUAUUGGGACAGUAGGAGAGCUUCUGGUAGAGGGUCCUAUUCUAGCCCGCGGGUAUCUGAACAACGCGGAGAGCACCGCACAAUCUUUUGUCCGCGAUCCUAUAUGGUUAGUUCGCGGAGGUCCUGGUUGCAAGGGGCGGCGUGGCCGUUUAUACAAGACUGGGGAUCUGGUAUAUUAUAAUCCAGAUGGUUCUUUAGUCUUCGUCUCUCGCAAGGAUACGCAAGUCAAGGUCCGCGGCCAGCGUGUUGAACUCGGAGACGUUGAGCAUCAUGUCGAACAGGCACUUAUGCUUGAUGCUCAACAUGAUGUAGAUCCAAGCACUCGUCCACAACUGGUGGCUGAAGUUAUCCGACCCCAAGAAAAUAAUAACUCGAUACUCGUCGUCUUCGUUGGGCAGAAUCCGCAAGAAGUCUCUGUCGUUGACGAGGACACCUGGGCCAGAACUGUCAUACGUAUGACAGUAGACAUAGAAAAGCGACUGGCAGACAGAGUGCCGUACUACAUGGUCCCAACGGCCUAUAUACCACUGCAAAGUAUCCCGAUUACAGGAACGGGUAAGAUUAAUAGAAAAAGGCUUCGAGAACUUGGUACGGAGCUCACCCCCCAGCAACUCAGCUCGUUGACCUCAUCUACUCGAUUGCGACCUGUAGAGACUGAACUGCAGAGGCGACUCCAAGUUCUUUGGGCGACAGUUUUGUCUGUUGAUAGCAGUGCCAUAGGCCUAGAAAGCAACUUCAUGCGUAUCGGUGGUGAUUCUGUCAGCGCCAUGCAAUUGGUUGGUGCUGGCCGUGAUCAAGGACUGUCAUUCUCAGUCGCCGACCUUUUCCGACAUCCAAGGCUAGAAGAGUUCGCAACCAUCGUGCAGACUAAUGGUGCCGAAACUACGGGAAUAGACGUUAUUCCAGCCUUCUCUCUCCUGAAUUGCCCCAUGACCGAGCCCUUGAGAACCGAGGUGGCAGGCCUUUGUUCUAUCAACGCCGUGGACAUUGAGGAUGUGUUGCCCUGCACGCCGCUCCAACAAGGAUUGAUGGCGCUUACUGCAAAGCGGGCGGGCGAUUAUGUGGCAAUAAUUGUUCGCAAGAUUCCUGAUAACAUUGACCACAAGCGGUUACAUGCGGCAUGGAAGCAAGUUAUUGCAGCUACGCCUAUACUACGGACGCGGCUCAUCGAUUUGCCCGGGCACGGAAUCGUUCAAGUAGUGGUAAAUGAAGAACCAGACUGGGUAACAAGUAACGAUCUGACUCUAUAUUUGGAAGAUGGCAGACAACGCGAAAUGGUUCUAGGAGCUUGCCUCAGCAAAUUCGCUGUUGCUUCCACCCAAGAUUCUAGCCAAUACUACCUCGUGUGGACGAUUCACCAUGCUCUCUAUGACGGAUGGUCAAUGCAGCUCAUUCUCGACGCCGUCAAGAGGGCAUACCAGGCUGGCGAUAACAAUUCAUCGAUGAUGCCAUUCAAACUGAUGAUUAAGCAUGUGCUCGAUCUUAGUGACAACGCUGUGACGGCAUUCUGGGGGAAACAGUUUGCAGGCCUUGAAGGCCACUCGUUUCCAUCUUUACCAGCAGCGUCAUACCACCCUAAAUGCACGAAUCGAUUUACUUCAAGCUUAGAAAAGAUUCAAUGGGGAAGCAACGAUAUCACGGCCUCUAACAUCAUUCGAACUGCCUGGGCAAUCUUAGUUUCGGGAUAUACUGGUUGUAAUGACGUCGUUUUCGGGGCAACUGUCACGGGACGACAGACGCCUCUUGUGGGUAUCGAGCGGAUGGUCGGGCCUACUAUUGCCACCGUUCCUGUAAGAGUUUUGCUAGACCCAGGCAAGACUUUGGAAACCAAUCUCUACAAUGUACAGAUGCAAGCGGUAGAUAUGAUCCCUUUUGAACAAACCGGACUUCAACGAAUUAGUCAGGUUAGUUUGGAGGCCAGCGAAUCCAGCCGUUUCCAAACUCUAUUGGUAGUACAACCUGUUGAGAAGGAUUCUAAGGAGUCCAGCCUCUUUCAAGCUGCAGAAGAUACUGCAGAAGACGGAGACAGUUUGAUAGAACACAACUCGACGCUUACCCACGCCUUGGUUGUUGAAUGUUGUCUCGAGGCUACCGGAGCUCGAUUGUACUUCAAUUAUGACGCUAGUGUUGUCAGCCAAGCACAAGUUUACCAAAUGUCAGGUCAACUGCAGAAUUUGAUUCGACAAGUCUUGGCAGAGGGGAACAGAUCAAAGAUUCUGAACAGUCUGGAAGUGGUGAGCGCGCAGGAUCUGAGCAAGAUCUGGACAUGGAACUCAACCUUGACCGUCCCUAACAACACUAGUGUCCCUGACCUACUCAUGAAUACGCCACACUAUAAUGCACAGGCGCCAGCAGUUGAUGCCUGGGAUGGGAAGUUGAAUUAUUCUUACCUGGAUAAGCUCUCUACGCGCUUGGCUUGUCAUUUGAUCAGCCUUGGGGUGCGUGCUGAUAUGCUUAUACCUCUGUGCUUUGAGAAAUCCGUCUGGACUCCAGUAGCGAUGUUAGCAGUAAUAAAAGCUGGCGCCGCAGUUGUGGGAAUGGAUGUUACUCAGCCUGAGACACGACUUCAGACAAUUGUACAACAAACUCAACCGGUCAUGCUUCUCUCUUCUGCGUCAAACGAGGAAUUCGCACGGCGUCUGGGCAACAACUGCCGCAUUGUUGUCGUAAGUGAAGCCAGUCUAGACUUGUUGAAGUCUCAGCCUCAAACUCAACUACCGCGUGUCGACCCUUCAGAUGCACUAUGUGCGAUCUUUACAUCUGGCAGCACCGGGAUUCCAAAAGGCGUUGUCUUAACGCACUCUAAUUUUGCAACCGCCAUUCCUCACCAUGUCAAGACCUUUGAUCUGAAGCCUACCAGCAGAGUUUACGACUUUGCGUCUUAUGCUUUCGACUUCUCCUGGUCAAAUCUUUUGCUUACCCUAUACUCAGGAGGUUGCAUCUGCAUCCCGUCUGAAGAAGAACGCAGAAACGACGUCACUCAGUCGAUUCAGCGUUUCAACGCAAAUUUUGCCUUCUUUACUCCUUCAGUUGCUCGCAUUCUGGAUCCUGCUGCGUUACCAACUCUUGGUACUCUGAUUGUCGGAGGAGAAGCCUUAAGCAGAACGGACUUCGUUUUGUGGCCAGACCGGAUGAAAAUGCUUAGCGUAUACGGACCAACAGAAUGUACUGUAAUGGCUACAACUCUGGAAGUUCUACCAGGCCAAGAGCGUAAGAAUGGUUUGGGACGUCCUAUUGUGAGCACUACCUGGGUCGUUGAGCCCCAAAAAGGCGAUUCAUUAAUGCCAAUUGGGGCAGUGGGUGAACUUUGGCUUGAAGGUCCCUUGGUUACGCGCGGCUAUCUGAAUGCCGCAGAAAAGACAAGUGAAUCAUUCGUCCUCGACCCUGCCUGGUUGGUAGAAGGACUUCCGGGCAAACUUGGACGGAGGGGGCGGCUCUACAAGACAGGGGACUUAGUACGAUAUAACCCUGACGGCUCCUUGACCUUCGUCGGGCGCAAAGACACGCAAAUAAAGCUAAGAGGUCAGCGUGUCGAAUUAGACGAAGUCGAACAUCAUUUGAUUGCUGAAGUUCUCACCCCGGUGGGCAGCGAACACCCUACCCUUGUGGUUUUCAUUCAUGCUGGGCAAGGCAGCAACAACUCCAACUACAUCAAGCACAUGACUGCGGGUAUCGAGGAGCAUCUAAGCCAAGUUGUGCCGGUUUACAUGAUACCGACUGCCUACAUUCCGCUUGAUAACCUUCCAGCGACAGCUACUGGAAAGCUGGACCGGAGACAGUUGCGUAAGCUGGGAUCGACUCUUUAUCAUAGCUAUGUUGAGGUAAACAACGAUACAAAUUACCUACCACCCUCCAACAAACUGCAAAAGAGCAUGCAGGAAAUUUGGGCCAAUGUUUUGAACGUUUCUCAAACAAGUAUCUCGAUCGACGCGCCAUUCACAAAGAUUGGUGGAGAUUCAAUUACUGCUAUGCAGGUUGUAUCUCGAUGUCGGGCCAAGAACCUGUCCAUCACAGUCGGAGAUAUUCUAAGGGCUAGAACAAUUGAGAAGCUGGCGUUAUGCUGUCAGCCAGUCAGACAGGAGCGGCUCGCCCUGAAUCAGCAUGUAAAUGGACGCGCGUGGACUCUGUCGCCAGCCCAGCAAAUGUUCUUCGAUGCUCAUCCACAAGGUCUCAAUCAUUUCAACCAAAGCUUCAUAUUGAGACUUAUGAGGCCUACUUCAGCUGCCGAGCUUGAGAUGGCAGUAAACGCUGUCGUAUCCCGCCAUCCCAUGCUUCGUGUCCGCUUUCAGCAGGAGUUGAACGGAAGAUGGCAACAAAUUGUUCCCACGGAUGAAUCAGCCGAAUCAAUAUUUACACUUCAUGACUCAUGCUCUCGAGAAGAGGCGAAGAUAGUGGCCGACAGUCGUCAAAAAUCAUUGGAUAUCGUCAACGGACCCCUUUUUACUGUUGACUUGUUCUCUAUCGAUGGUGAAGACCAGACUGUCCUGCUCACCGCGCACCAUCUUAUCGUCGAUCUAGUAUCGUGGCGAAUUAUAUGGCAUGACAUUGAGCAACAUCUUCAGGUCGGGUUGCUGCCUUCCCAUAGCUCGGUUUCGUUCCAAUCGUGGUCAGAAUUACAAGCUCAAGCAAGCUAUUCCUUGCAACUAUCCGAUGUGCUUCCUUUCCCAGUUGUUCCUCCCACCGAUUUCUCAUUUUGGGGCAUGCAGUCGAGUGAAAAUGAUUUUACAGAUUGUCAAGCUUACAGUUCUCUUUUGAGCGAGGUGGACACUACAUUAUUACUGGGAGACAGUAAUGAGUGUUUCAGGACGGAACCUGUUGACCUGAUUCUAGGAGCACUAAUACACUCUUUUGGACAAGUGUUCCCUGAUAGACAGGUUCCUCCGAUCUUCCUCGAGGGACACGGAAGAGAGCCUAUCAAUGAUAUCGACGCUGAUCUUUCAGAAACAGUCGGGUGGUUUACAACUUUACACCCUAUCCAGAUUCCAAACGCACAUGGCUGCCUUAGUGAUGCGGUCAAGUUCACAAAGGAUAUUCGACGACAGAUUCCCGGAAAAGGACGGCCAUAUUUUGCCUACCGCUAUCACAGCAAGGAAAGUCUCGAGAAAGACCAAACACAUCAAGCAGUCGAGAUCAUCCUAAAUUACACCGGCAAAUAUCAACAGUUAGAAAAUCCCAAUGCGCUCUUCAAACCGGAAGACAGAGCGGAAAUUGCUCAUUUAGUGGACAUCUCCCCAACAGCUCAUAGAUUUGCCUUGAUUGACGUGAGUGCAGACGUAGAUCAUGGAAGGUUGUCAAUCACGUUUCGGUUCAAGCAGCAGAUGCAACACCAAGCUAGGCUUCAGAAGUGGUUAAAGACUUUCGAGCAGACAUUGAAGGACCUUGUUUAUUGCUUGACCAAGAAGGCAGUGGAGUUCACUUUGAGUGAUUACCCCCUUCUAAGCACAUCUUAUCAAGGUCUUGAAGCUCUCUUUGAGAACAGACUCCCCGCUUUGGGUGUGGACGUUCAGAAUGUGCAGGACAUCUAUCCCUGUACGGCUGUUCAGGAAGGAAUACUCCUCAGUACAAGAAAGGGUGCAGCUUCGUACGCAAACUACUGGGUUUGGAACUGCGUUUCAUCAACUGAGGACAAACCCUCAGCUGCGAGACUUGAAGAGGCCUGGAGAACUGUAGCUCGAAAACAUCCUAUACUAUCCACGAUUCUAGUUGAGCAUCCAGAUACCGGUGGCUUCAUACAGGUUGUGAUAGGUGGUCUUCGUCAUCGCGUCAAUCACUUAUCCACGGCCGCAAAUAAUCCUGCUGAUGUUCUCUUUGAGCAACCAAGCGUAUCAUAUCUUCCUGGCGAACCGUUGCAUACCUUCACGAUUUGUCAGGGAGCACACAACAGGGUUGCUUGUAGGUUAGACAUUAACCAUGUGCUUAUGGAUGCUGCAUCCAUGCAAAUACUUCUGGACGACCUCACAAGAUCCUAUCAUGGUUAUCAACUAGAAGAAGGCCCGUCAUUCCGUGACCUUGUUCAAAGCCUUGGCACGGUAGCUAAGGCUGAGAGGCUCCGAUACUGGACCAGAUUCCUCGAUGGGGUUUCGCCAUGCAAGUUCUCCAGUAUUACGCCACUUGAACAAGCUUCACACAUUGGCUCUCACAAUGUUGUCAAUCUACCACUUGAGUCAACUGCUGGAAUCGAAAAGUUCUGCAAAUCACAUGGCAUCACUCGCUCGGUCUUCUUGCAGGUUGCCUGGGCUUUGGUGCUGUGGCACUAUACUGGAAUGCGCGAGAUUUGUUUCGGAUAUAUGGCGUCUGGGCGAGAUGCCCCAAUUGCCAACAUUGACAAAAUGAUCGGACCUCUAAUCAAUAUCCUGAUCAGCAGAAUUGAUGUGCGUCUGCCUCUUGAUGAAGCAUUGGCAGCUACAUCUGAACAGUCUAUUGAGCAUUUAGAUUAUCAACAUGCUUCACUUGCGGAAAUCCAGCACGAGCUCGGCAUUGGAUCUCAGCAACUUUUCAACACGGCCAUUACAGUAAGAGAAGGCACCAGUUCGAAGAACAGAAGUCUGGGUGCGGUUGAGUUUCAAGAGGUCCAUAGUGACGAUCCACAUGAGUUCGAUGUCAUUCUCGGCGCAAGUCUAUAUGGGGCCGACACAGCGGUUAGCAUCAGCUAUCAGACAUCAUGCCUUGGAGCGGCUGGUGCUGAAGAGUUGUGCGGCAUUCUCGUCAAAGCCAUUGACUUUAUUCAAAGCAGCGAUACAUUUCCAGAGCCUCAUUCUAGUACUCCGACAGCUAGUAACAUGAAACUCCCAUCAACAGACCGAGUUGAUGCUACAGCUAGAGAUAAAACAGCGGAAUCGCAACCAUUACACGGAGCGUUCUUCGAGUAUACUACCGGUGUCGAUGAAGACUCUGCGAUGGAUCACUGGAAGAACAGAUUUAAAGCCUUUCGCGGGCAGACCUUCCCGGUGAUUCAUCAACCUGGCCAAGCGCAGCGUCGCCCCAAAGAAUCUCUCACACACUUCGUUGACAGCUUGGCCUGGAACAGUUUAGUUUCGCCUACGACCGUGAUCCUAACAGCCUGGUCAAUUCUGGCCUCUAAGCUUACCGCCAGCAGUGAGGUUGUCUUUGGCGUUUUACGUCACGAUAGCCUGUCUGCGGCAAGUGGUGUGGCUGCUGUAACUGCUCCAGUUGGAGUGGCUAUAAACUGGGAACUCACCGUGGCAGAGGUAUUGGAAGGUCUGGAACGACAAACAAAGGAGACACUUCGUUUCGAGCGUGUCGGACUGAACCUUAUCCGCCAAGCGUCUGUCGAGGCUGAGGAGUGUUGCCAUUUCCAGACUCUUUUGGUGAUCCAUGACUCAGCCAACGGAGAUCCUGCUGUCGUGUUCAACAAACCCAGGGGGUAUCCUUUGGAAGUGGAACUUAAGCCGCAAGGCUCAGGUCUAAUCAUUAAAUUCAGCUUCAAUCAAGAAGCACUACAGCCUGUGGAAUUGCGUCGGCUAGCUCAUCAGCUCGAGCACAUCCUAAGACAGCUUUGCAAUGCGGAUAAUGAUACCAAGGUUUUACGGCAAGUGACAGCCAUUGGCCAGGAUGACCUUCAAAGCAUUUGGGAAUGGAAUUUCGUGGUGCCAGAGGCUGUUGACCUCUGUGUCCAUGACCAAAUUUCUUCUUCAGCUCAUCGUCGGCCAACCGCAACUGCUGUUCAUGCUUGGGAUGGUCAGCUAACCUACACGCAACUUGAGGAGCUCUCUAAUCAACUCGCUCGUUACCUGGUCAGCAUGGGUGUGACGCCUGGUGCCAUAGUGCCCCUGUGUUUUGAAAAGUCGCUGUGGACUUCAGUCGCUAUGCUAGCAGUAAUGAAAGCAGGCGGAGCGUCUGUGGCUUUAGAUGUGACACAGCCCGAGGCACGGCUCAAAAUGAUCGUGGAUCAAGUGAAACCUAUUGUUAUUCUGUCAUCAAUAAAGAAUAAGGAUUUGUCCUAUGCGCUAGGUGCCUGCGAGGUGGUGCUUGUAAGCGGGGAGGAUCUAGCCAAGUUACCAUCUUUCUCUUCAAGUCUUGAGCUACCAACGAUCAGCCCUGACAGCACCUUGUAUGUUGUUUUCACCUCGGGCAGCACCGGUACGCCAAAGGGAGUUAUCUAUACGCACAAGAACUUCAGUAGCGCUAUCAAAUAUCAGCAGGAGGCACUUAGAGUCACCUCGAGUUGCAGAGUGUUCGACUUUGCAUCGUAUGCGUUCGAUAUAGCUUGGUGCAACUUUAUCCACACUAUGGUUGCUGGUGGCUGCCUAUGUGUCCCAUCUGAAGACGACCGGAAGCAAAACAUCACCGCUUCAAUGGCCAAGCUCGGUGUGACAUAUGCUCACUUAACCCCUACAGUCGCUCGUAUGGUCAACGUUGAUGAAGUGCCCGGCCUAGACACCAUGUGCUACAGUGGUGAGGCUCUUCAUCUGGCAGAUCUUCCCAAAGAAAGAAGAUUGAGGAGCCUUGUCAAUGUAUAUGGGCCUGCAGAAACGAAUAUUGUGACUACGGAAUCAGUAGAUCCAUGCAGUAUUACAGAGCCAAGCAUUGGCAAGGGCGCCGGGGCGACCACUUGGGUUGUAGAUCCAGACAAUCCUGAUCAACUAAGCGUGAUAGGCGCAGUAGGCGAGCUUUGGAUAGAAGGCCCUCUAAUCGGGCAGGGAUACCUGAACGAUGCUGCGAGAACUGCGAAGGUCUUUGUUGAGAACCCUGCCUGGCUCGUGUGUGGUAACGGGCCACGUUGCCCCGGAAGAAAUGGCCGUCUCUACAAAACUGGCGAUCUUGUACGCUAUAAUCCGGAUGGGUCUUUGACAUUCAUUGGUAGAAAAGACACACAGGUGAAGAUACGUGGGCAGCGUGUUGAGCUCGAUGAAAUAGAGCUUCAUGUCAAGAACACGUUGGAAUAUGAUGAUACGGUCGGACAGACUCAAGUUGUGGCAGAAGUCAUCACUUUACCAGAAACCUGCAAUCAAACUCUUGUUGCUUUCGUCUGCUUGACAACAGUCGACACCGAGCCUAUGGACGAGCAAUCAUGCAACCAAACUGUUUGGCAAGCAACUGCUGGUAUCGAAGAGAGGCUGGCCAGCAGAGUUCCGAUAUACAUGAUCCCCACGGCAUACGUCCCAAUGAGAAGUAUUCCGAUGACUGCUACUGGGAAAACGGACCGGCGACGACUCAGGGAGCUAGGGAUGGAACUAAGCCAACGACAACAACUGACGACUGUGGGCUUCACUCGCGAGUCCGUGCUACCAAUGGAGACGGAAAUGGAACGCAAACUUCAACAGCUAUGGGCAGACGUAUUGAGCAUCGAUGCCGCCAGCAUCAGUGCAGAUGACAGCUUCUUGCGCAUCGGCGGUGACUCGAUCGGGGUCAUGAAGCUAGUUGCUGCUGCUCGUCAGCAGAGCCUCUCACUUUCUGUCGCCGAUGUAUUUCGACAUCCUAGACUUAGGGAGCUAGCAAAGCAGAUGGAGCUAGAUGAUCCCGUUAUAGAAGAACACGUCGCCCCCUUUUCUCUUUUGAAUCCAGGAACCGUGGAAAGCAAGGUUCGUGCUGACGUUGCCGACCUCUGUCGUGUCAGUGUCCACGAGAUAGAAGACGUGCUUCCGUGCACUCCGCUCCAGGAAGGCCUGCUCGCCCUCACAGCCAGGCGGCCAGGCGACUAUGUAGCCGUUGUGGUGCUCGAACUUCAAGAGAAUGUUGACCUUGGUUUAUUCCGUCAAUCGUGGCAGCAAGUCGUUGAAGCUACACCCAUCUUACGAACACGGAUAGUCGACCUGGCUGGGCAGGGUUUCGUACAGGCUGUAUUGCGUGAGCAAACGGACUUUGCACUCUUAGACAAUCUCGAUUCUUACCUCGGCCAAAAUGUCGGACAAUAUAUGGGUGUUGGAACUCGCCUUUGCCAGUUAGCCAUCGCCAACGGUCAGGAUGACAGACGUCGCCAUUUCAUCUUGACCAUCCAUCAUGCUUUAUAUGAUGGCUGGUCGUUGAAACUCAUGUUCCAGGCUGUGAAAGAUCUGUACAUGAAGGCUCCUACGCCGGCUAUGAUUCCAUUUGCAUCAAUGGUUAAAUACAUGGCUGGUGUCGACCAGGAAUCAGCCAUGAAAUACUGGAAGGAAGAAUUUCUCGAAUUAGGGGCUUCUCAAUUCCCGGCGUUACCUUCAGCAACUUACCACCCUCGCUCAAUCAGUCAACUAUCACUGGCCAUUAAAGAUAUCGAAUGGGCGGGCAGUGACUUUACCGCCUCCAAUCUCAUACGCACUGCUUGGUCGAUCCUGGUGGCUAGCUAUACUGGCGAUGCUGAGGUUGUCUUCGGAGCGGUUGUUACCGGGCGCCAAGCUUCAGUUUCGGGCAUCGAGCAGAUUGUAGGCCCUACAAUUGCUACCGUUCCAGUUCGAGUGUCUGUUAACCGGCAAGCGAUGUUGGGACAAAUACUCGAUUCCGUGCAAACAAAAGCUGUAAAUAUGAUUCCAUUUGAGCAGACUGGUUUACAACGAAUUCGUCAGGCUAGCUUAGAAGCCGAGGAAGCCUGCCGCUUCCAAACUCUACUAGUAGUGCAGCCAAAGGGGGAUGAUCAUGAUUUCGGAGACGGCCAUCUUUUCCAACAGCAUACUUCCUCGGCCAACGCAGACGAAGAGCCGGGCUACAAUGCAUUACUUACUUAUGCACUCGUUCUGGAGUGCCAUUUGAGUACGAAUGGCAUGUCGCUACAUGUUGGCUAUGAUCCGCAUGUUCUGGAUGACGAGCACGUACGCCAAAUUGCCAAACAAUUCGAUCAUAUUCUCCAUCAAGUGUGCCUAAAAGAGAAUCAAACCAAAAACCUUGGCGAAAUCUCAACAAUUAAUGAUGAGGAUCUCAACCAAAUCUGGAAGUGGAAUGCGGACGCUCUCCAAGCAGUUGAGACUCCCGCUCAUGAGCUAUUCGCCAAGUUGGCACUUCGCCAGCCAGAUGCAUCCGCUGUAUGCGCUUGGGACGGUGAUCUGACCUAUGGGCAGCUUGAUGAUUUGUCAACACGCUUAGCACAUUAUCUCAUUGAACGAGGUAUAGGGCCAAACACGACGGUUCCGCUAUGCUUUGAGAAAUCUAUGUGGACUUCUGUGGCGAUGAUGGCUGUGAUGCGAACGGGUGCGACAUCUGUUGCUGUUGAUGUCUCUCAGCCUGAGGAACGUCUUCACACAAUCAUACAGCAGGUUUUGCCCACAAUAAUAAUAGCAUCAGAAAUGAACGAAGGCUUAGCAACUAAGCUUAGUCAAGGCGAAUGCCCUUUGGUCGUAGUGAGCAGAAAGAGUAUGCCGCUUUACCCUCUUCGACCUGAGAUCACAUUCUCACAAAUUAACCCGGCGAGUCCGCUUGCUAUUAUUUUCACUUCCGGCAGUACGGGAAAACCCAAAGGCGUAAUCUUGACCUAUUCGAAUGUAGCAACUGCUAUGAAACACCACACCAAAGCUUUUCGCAUUGGCCCAGAUAGCCGCGUGUACGACUUUGCCUCUUAUAGUUUUGACUUUGCCUGGUCCAACUUGUUACUUCCACUCUCUACUGGCGGUUGUGUUUGCGUUCCGUCCGAAGAUCAACGAAAAAAUGAUCUCGGUCAGUCCAUCAAUGACAUGGCAGCAACCUUUGUGUUCUUGACUACAUCAGUAGCUCGAGUUCUUGACCCUUCACGACUGCAAUUACUGCAUACGAUUGCCAUUGGAGGUGAAGCAUCCCAAAAGGCCGACUUUGAGAGGUGGCCUGAUUCCCUUAGCCUCUUACACGUUUACGGUCCGACUGAGUGCACAGUCAUAGCAACCUGUGGUGAGAUCCGAGCAGGACAGGAAAAUACCGAAAGUAUUGGCUGGGGUGUGGGCACCACAACCUGGGUAGUGCAACCAACGAAUAACGACUGCCUAUCGCCUGUCGGUGCAGUAGGAGAACUUUGGUUAGAGGGACCUCUUGUCUCGCCUGGCUAUCUCAACGAACCAGAAAAAACAGCUUUGUCUUUCACCAAAGACGUGCCUUGGCUGCUACGCGGUGGUCCAGGCCGCUCUGGACGCCGUGGCCAUCUUUAUAGAACUGGAGAUCUAGUACGAUACAAUCCAGAUGGAUCUAUAGUAUUCGUUGGACGCAAAGACACCCAAGUCAAGAUUAGAGGCCAGAGAGUAGAACUUGCUGAGGUGGAGGACACUGUUCGGCAGACAUUAAUCGAAACGAGCGAAUUAGCCCGCAUACAAGUGGUGGCCGAGGUCAUCACGCCAAAGGAAAGCUCCCAUGCAACUCUCGUAGUCUUCAUCUGCGACAAAAAUGAUGGCUCCCUCAGUCGGACGAUACACAGCAUUGAUAUCCAAGCGACCAUAGAAGGCCAUCUAGCCGUGAAGUUGCCAAGUUACAUGAUUCCAACAGCAUACAUACCUCUCGAAACUCUCCCAAUGACAGUUACUGGAAAAGCAGAUCGUCGAAAACUGCGGGAAAUUGGCAGCUCACUGACCUUGGAACAAUUAACGAGGUCCAAAUCAUCGGACAGACAAAAUCGGUUGCCAGAGACAGAUACGGAGAGAUGGUUGCACAACGCUUGGGCAACAAUACUUGGUCGUGAUCCUUCAACGAUCAGUAUUGAUGAUCACUUCUUCCAUGCAGGUGGCGAUUCAAUUCACUCUAUGCGGUUGGUACUCUCUGCACGCGAGCAGGGCUACGAUCUGAAAGUCGUUGACAUAUUCCGACACCCAAUUCUUGCCGAUCUAGCCCGGCAUUGCGAAGAGUUACAAGGGGAGACAAGAACUUGUGACCCGCUACCGUUUGUGUCGCUCGAUGUGAAUGAUGUCGAUAGUUUCAUCAUAAUGAACAUAUCGCCUCUCAUUCAAGACCACUAUGCCAAGAUUUCCAACACCCUUCCUGUGUCCGACUUUCAAGCAGCUUGUAUCGAUAGUGCAUUACAACCCGAUUACAGUGGUUGGUUCUAUUUUUACCUCGAUUUCCCAGGGUCUGUUGAUACAGAAAGGUUGAGGAAUAGCUGUCUGCAGCUUACCGAGCAUUUCGACAUUCUUCGCACCGUGUUUAUUCGCUUAGACACGGAGCUAUUACAAGUUGUUUUGGAAGAUCUUAGACCAUCCAUAGACUUGUAUGAAUCAUCUGAUAUGGCUAUUGAAUCUCUGUUCGAACAAAUCUGCCUCGAGUCCAUGAAGCAUCCUGCCGUUCUCGGGACGUUGUUUCUACGUUUCAUCUUUUUGAGAGGUUCUGAUAAUUCUUUCCGUCUUGUUCUCCAACUUUCGCAUGCGCAAUACGAUGGCCUGAGUCUCCCGCAAAUCAUGGCUGCAUUGACCGCUUUCUACAAUGGGCAAACGCUCCCGAAAGCACGCAGUUUCUCAAACUACAUUGCCCAUGUGAAAUCUCAGUCUCAGGGUGAUGACUCCCUCAAUUUCUGGCGGACUCUUUUGAAUGGAUCCAAAAUGACCAUGUUGUCGAAAAAGAGUAUGUCGGCCGCAUUGCCUCAAGAGACUUCGAGCAUUCGAUUAGAAAGGACGAUGCCAGCUUUGCAAUCGCGGAAUGGAGUAACCCCUGCGACUAUUUUCACAGCCUCGUGUGCCAUCAUGCUAAACCGCAUUGUUGGAGUCAACGACGUAGUGUUUGGACGCCUUGUCUCUGGGCGAGCCGGUCUACCUCCUGGUCUACAAGAUCUUGUCGGGCCAUGCAUAAACACUGUUCCUGUGCGAGUGCGUCUGAGUUCUCAGUUGACAAUAGAUGAUGUCAUGCUUGCUAUUCUACAACAACAGAUCGUCGAUGCCACGCCUUAUGACGCCAUAAGCUUCCAUGACAUCGCUCGGCAUUGUACAGACUGGGAUGAAGCUGCAAGAACCUUCCAGGUAACAACUCAUUUCCGAAACAUUGAUGAAAGCCCAGGUGCAGACAUUGCAGGAAGCACUCAACACUUGGGCUAUUUCGACAGGAAAGAUGUGCCACCCGACUUUAGAGGGAUUGACAUUGGUGCAGUGCCCGUGCACGAUGGCAUGAACUUAGUGACAGUUGCAAACUCUAGAUAUUGGGACUUUGAAGCUAUUUCACAAGUUCAAGACGUUUUGUGCGAUAUCUUGCGUUUAUUUUCUGAGGCUUAA